AUGCUACAGACGGCUGUCGGAAAGCAGCAAAGGGUUCCAGAGAAUGUUCCGGGGAAAGGGUCCUCGCUGAGGCGUGACGCCUGCGGCCAGCGCGGCCGGCACUCGGACGGGCCCCAUGGCGGCCCGAUCCCACAGGCCCGUGGGAGAGAGCGCCAGACGGCAGCUGAGUCUUGUGAGACACCUGGCGGUUAUUUUAAUGUGACACCCCCUUUCUCCAUUCCAGGACAGAGCCUGGGCUACGGAUUCGUCAAUUACAUUGACCCAAAGGAUGCGGAGAAAGCCAUCAACACGUUAAACGGACUCAGACUUCAAACCAAAACCAUCAAGGUAUCAUACGCACGGCCCAGCUCAGCCUCCAUCCGAGACGCCAACCUCUACGUAAGCGGCCUCCCCAAGACCAUGACGCAGAAGGAACUGGAGCAGCUCUUCUCCCAGUACGGGCGCAUCAUCACGUCCCGCAUCCUGGUGGACCAGGUUACAGGCGGUUCGCGGGGCGUGGGCUUCAUCCGCUUCGAUAAGAGGAUAGAGGCGGAGGAGGCCAUCAAGGGGCUGAAUGGGCAGAAGCCGUCCGGCGCCACCGAGCCCAUCACCGUGAAGUUCGCCAACAACCCCAGCCAGAAGACCAGCCAGGCCUUGCUCUCCCAGCUGUACCAGUCCCCCAAUCGCCGGUACCCAGGGCCGCUGCACCACCAGGCCCAGAGGUUCAGGCUGGACAAUUUGCUUAAUAUGGCCUAUGGCGUAAAGAGCCUGCAGGACAGUAAACCCAGCAUAAGGUUUUCCCCCAUAACCAUCGACAGCAUGACGAGCCUGGUGGGCAUGAACAUCCCCGGACACACAGGGACGGGAUGGUGCAUCUUCGUCUACAACCUGUCCCCGGACUCGGAUGAGAGUGUCCUGUGGCAGCUCUUCGGGCCGUUCGGCGCCGUCAACAACGUCAAGGUCAUCCGCGACUUCAACACCAACAAGUGCAAGGGGUUCGGCUUCGUAACCAUGACGAACUACGACGAGGCAGCCAUGGCCAUCGCUAGCCUGAAUGGGUACCGGUUGGGUGACCGCGUCUUGCAGGUCUCCUUCAAAACCAAUAAGACCCACAAGUCCUGAAGGCCAUGACUCGAGAUGAAAAGCCUGUUCGCCACCGACACCACCGCCCAACAGCUGCCCACCACUGCAAUUUCAAACAGGAAAUCAAACAAACAGAACUGUAAAUGGCUUAUAAUAUAACUUUGGACCUAUAAGCCAACGCUGCCUAAGUAUUACAAAAUUAAGAGAGAAAAAUUAGUGAUUUGGAAAACCUGUAACAUUGUGGGUUUUCUCUUGUGUAUCUUUUCUGUUAUCGUUUUGUUUUCUCUUCUCUGUAAACAGUAGCAAAACCAGUUCCCCAUAUUUCAAAGAAGAGAAUGUUCUUACUUAAAUUCUAUUUUCUUGCUGUUGUUUUAGGAUUUCUUUUUUAAAUCCGGAUCCACUGUCCUUAGAAUAUUGCCUUCCUGGGAAAUUUAGGGAGGGGGUUCUUUAUAAAGUAAGUAACCGCUCAUUCAUUAUCUGUGGGAUAUGGACACCCCCGUUUAAAGUAGUAGGGAUAACACAAACAUUUUUUCCUCUGAUGCAGAAAAAAAGAGAAUUUCUAACAUGUUUUCGUUUUGUAUUACAAACACGUCUUUCCUCACUGGGGAUUGGGAGCUGGGGGAGAGGGAUGGGAUGGGAUGGGAUGGGAUGGGAGAGCUUUCCUGAUGACAUGACACGUUAGGUGAUUUAAAAACCACUGUUGCCAAAGAGAAGAUCUCUUUGCUUGAAAAUGCGUUUAGAAAAAUAAAAAUAAAGAGAAGAAAAUCUAUUUUUAUAAAUAUUAAUUAAAAUAAUAAUUAUUGAAGAAUUUUUACAUGAAUCUGGAUUUGAAAAAAGAGAAAAUAUUUUGACUGGCUAAUUUGGGAGGGGUGGGUUGGCCACCUUGUCUUGUUCGUUCUGCUGUGGAACUUUUUAGGAUAAGAGGUUGUUUGUUUUUUGGAGGACUGGAUCGGUGAUGGUUACGUAGGCGGGAGGUUUUCUUGAGGGAUGCAAACACAGGCAGGUGAUCAUAACUUCGUAACUUUUCUUAGUGCGUAGCUAUCCGAAGGCGAGGCCCGAUGGGGGAGAGGGUGCAGGGGGGCAUCCCAGGCGUAAACGUCCUCACAGUCCAGAGCCCAAACCAAGGCGAUGCGUUGUCUACUCGUUUUCUGUCAUCAGUCUACAGAAUAUCAGUAAAGAAUACACACGUCCAUUUAGAAAACACACCUUAUUUUUUCUCCUUCUUUCUUUUGAUUUUGUGGAAAGGAAAACGUUUUCAAUGAAACUUCCUUUUAGCGAUCAGCAGUAGGUGCUAUAUAACAUGACUCACAUAUCUUAAAUAUCCAAGUUUGUUGUUCUAUGUGUUGUUUAGAAAAAACUUCGAUGUUGGCAUUGAAUUGAGCUGCUGUUUUUUUGUUUUUAAUUGUUGGCCCUCAUCAGGACUGAAUCGGGGCCUUGUAAGAAUCACUUAACACGUUUUUUUGGCUUGCUGACUUUUAGGUUAAUUGCUGAGUGUGAAGCGUUUUGUCAGAAUUCAAUAAUUAUUAGCUAGUUUUGUUAGUCUAGGUAUUUGUUUCCACAAAGGAGCUAUUUAAAAGGUACAGCUGUGUCUUUAUUUGUUGUGUACAAAUGAAUAAUAUAUAGUCUGAUUUUUUUGUUCCACAAUAUCUAUAUCUAUAUGAGUUGUCAAUGUUUUUGUUUAAGCUCGUCUUUUUCAUAUGACAGCUUUAUAAAGUGAUGGUUCAGUUACUUAGAAAACUCGUGAGGAAUCCUGUUUAAUAUGUUGUCAUGUCGCUUGUGGAAAAAAAAACGUUUUUGGAUUUACUUUUAGUUAACUGCCGCGGCAAAGAAAAAAAGAUGAACAAAAGCUUCGAAAAUAAUUGUAUUUAUUUAUUAAUCGAUCGUUUCAUGGAUUAAUUUAUUUAUUUAUCUGGAUUAUUUAUUUAUUUGUUACGUUGUCUGUGUUCUUGCGUGAUUCUGGUAUGGGGAGGGGGGAGUAUCUGAACAAAAAGGGAACAAAAUGACUAGGGGGGAGGCUCUUCCAUUAGUCCAGUGCACUGAAACCUUUUAGAACGUUUGUGCUUUGUACCAAUAUAUCGAAAUUACAAUAUAAAAAAUAAAAAAAGGGGAAAACAAAAAAAAUGUCAAGAGGGUUGGUGACGCUCUUCCCUGAUUACUAGAAAACAGUUACUCGCUAUGCAUAACCUAGUUGAUAGUUAAAUUUGCUAUUGCUUUUUUCUUGUCUUGUUACACUAAAUCUUUAAAUCUUUUUCAAUAAAGUUUAGUCUUACUAGAAUGUUAUAAUGGUUGUUCUGGUUCAAUAUAACCUGUGAUAAGUUUGUGUAGUUUUAACAGCCGCUCUAAGCCCCUCCCAUCACACACUACUAUUGCUUUACGACAAACUUUAUGCAAAAAUGACGGUAUGAAGUGUAGUUUUAAUAGGUUCCCUGUGAAGCGGUUUUUACGGCGGUACUGCAGAAUAUUUUGAUCAAAUUACUGAUUUAUACGGCGAUACCAAUAUUUGAUAGGUGGUGUUAGAGAUGGAAGCGUGAUCCCUUUUGUAUUUUGAUGCAGGGAAUAGUUUGAGGAGCGGGAAAAUGGGUCUUUAUGCAACACAAGCCUUUGUGGGAGAUGAUUUCUACUCGCAAAUACACACCCACAAACGCACUCGAACACAUACCUUUUCUUACGUUUUCGAGUUAUAGCCAACAGAAUCUCACAUGUCACUUCCAGUCGAUGUUCUGAGUACAGAGUCGAAGUCGGGCCCCUAGACGCACCGGCACGGCUGGGGUUUGCGGACCGCGUGCUGACCCCAGCUGUGCAUCUCUUCCGAUGAGUGUGCACAUCUUCUUUUCCUUUGAUGUCCUGAGAGGCGUGCGUGCGCGCGCCCUGUCCAGACCCUCGUCCGUGUGUGCGUGUCUUGCGAGUGCGUGUGUCUGUAGGGGUGCUUAAAGCCGCGAGGUUAAGGCGUCGGCCUGCCCACUGUGGCACUUAUCACCCCCUGGAGCUCCUUACAUUGGCAGCCUGCCAAUAGGAAACCAACAACCAGUAGUGUGGGAGGGAAGGUCAAGUGAGGAAUCAGGCUCGUGUCAUUUAAUUUCUUCCUUAAAUGUGUUUGUUUUACUAUCUGAAAAUCUAUAAACUCUUUGAAGAAAAAAAAGUUCACUGGACCGAACUGGUCUCUCCUACUUUGUUAUUACUUAUUAAUUAUUAUAAUUAUCAUUAUAAUUAUUGUUAUUCUUAUUAAUAUUAUUAUUAAUCAAAUUACUGCGAUGAAUGACUUCAUGUUAUCCUUGCUAGUUUAGGUCAUUUCUGAAACUGGAAACUAAAUGAAAAAAACUUGCUGUAAAUGUUUUUGGUUAUUUUUGUUUUUUUUUUUCAUAAAAUUGUUGUGUUUGAAUUAUUUGUACUUUUGAAUGUUGGGACAAUAAA